AUGGAGCAACCCGAUGAGGGAGAAGCUGCCCCCCGGGAGGAGGACACCCAGAAUGGGGAAACCAAGGGAGAAACCAACGGGAAAACCUUUUCCCUUUUCGAAAAUGAGAACUUCGAAUUGAAUGCAAAUGAUGAUGAGUUCGAGUCGGGGAGUGUUGACGAACACGACGCUGAAGGUGGUGACUCCAGUGAGGAGGGGGAGCAGGACGAUGGGGAGAAAAGUGCUUCCGAGAGCGAAGGCAUGUCGUACGGCGAUUUGAGUAGCGAGGGGGGAAGCGGUGAUGAGAUCGGCGGUGAUGAGGAAUGCAUCAACCACGUCGAUGGCGCGGAUAACGAUGACGAUAACGAGGCUGACCUUGAAGAAGACCUCCGAGCGGGAGACACAAAGGAGCGGCUGACGGACGUCCGAGCGCAAGUAGCGGGGAUGCUAAAAAGGGGAAAGAAGAAAAAGUGGAUAAACAAGGAAGAGGAUAUUUACAGAGACCAAAUGGGAGUCUACAAAAAGGGACAGCUCAUGAAGAGCGAAGAUAUCGAGGAUCGCAUGAAGUAUCUCCUCCUCCUGUUCAGCGAAAGGGAGAAGGUGGUAAAACUGCCUUCCACAGGAGUCAAGGCAAAACUGAACAAAGCAGCCAUCGUGAAAGAGCUUCUAUUCUAUUACAGCUAUUUCUAUGAAUACAGUGAGCAGUUCAUUAAAUAUCUCUACUACUUAUUUGACCUGAAAGAACUUUACCUCUUCCUCGAGAUGAAUAAUCUGCCGAAGGAGAUACACUUACGGACCAACACGGUGAAGAUAACGAGGAGAAAUCUAAUCAAUAUUCUGAAAAGUCAGAAUAUAACUGCAGAGGAAGGAGAGAAUUGGAACAACGUAGGGAUCGUCAUUCACGAUGUGAACUCAAAUGUAGGAUCUCUAAAUGAAUACAUGUAUGGCUAUUACAUGAUUCAGUCAGCCUCUUCUUUAAUCCCUGUACUGGAGUUAAAUGUACAACCGGAUGAAUCUGUCUUGGAUAUGUGUGCUGCCCCAGGGGGGAAAUGUACCUUCAUAUGUGCCCUCCAAAAGAAUAGAGGUUUCGUCUACGCCAAUGAUGUUAACAAAGUCAGAUGCAAAUCUAUUGAAGCCAAUGCCUCCAGAAUGGGAAUCCAUAAUCUGGUUAUUACCUCCUUCGAUGCUUUGAAGAUUGGAAAAAAGUGGACGUUCCAAUUUGACAGAGUCAUUUUAGAUGCUCCAUGUAGUGGCACAGGAGUCGUCAACAAGAAUAAAGGAGCCAGGAGGAAGACGCUCAAGGAAAUCAGAGAACUGGCACAGAAGCAGAGGAAACUACUCAACAAUGCCAUCAGCUUGGUCAAAAACGGAGGCAUCGUCGUCUACUCCACUUGCAGCAUCACUGUGGAGGAAAACGAACAAGUCAUUAACUACAUUUUGAAAAAGCGAGACGUGAAUCUCCUCCCCAUCGACAUCCAAAUUGGAGACCCGGGGAUCACACACUACAGGAAGAAAGAGUUCUCCAGCAAAGUCGCCCUCUGCAGACGAAUUUACCUGCACAAACACAACUACGACAAUUUUUUUGUGGCCAAGCUGUGGAAGCGCUCCGAUGCGGUCUACGCCAAGGGGGGAGGGAAGUCAGCCCAAAAGACGCCGCGGAGAGGGACAAGCGGCGCAGCAAACGGUGCAGAGGCCAGCCACGUGGUCGAUAAGGACGCUCGAGACGGGGAGCAGAACAGAGAUGGGAAUCUCAAGGCGAGCGUUAAAAAGAAGAAGGGAAAGUUUCGCACUGGGAAGGGAAAGAGAAAGAAGCAUAAGAAGGAGAAGGCUGCCUCCCCCUCUCCUAUGCGAAGUGACAAGACGGUGAAGAAGGGAGCCCCCUUUCGCAAGAACAAAACCGCGUUGCACGGAAAAAACGCAAAGUUCGGGAAGAAAAAAAAAAUGCACAUGGGGAGGUAA